UCGUCAGGCAGCAACCCCCGCACAUCUGCUCCCUCCUCCACCAGCUCCCCAUCCUCAACGAGCUCCCACCACCCGCUGCUACCCAGCAUGGCCGCCGCCGCCACCGCCGUCCGCUUCCACACGGCCGCCGCGCGACGCGCCGCCCCUCGGCGACCGGCGCGCUUCGCCGUGCGCGCAGAUGCCGCGCAGGCGGCGACGGCGCUGACGCAGGAUGACCUCAAGAGGCUUGCGGCGGUGCGUGCGGUGGAGCAGGUGCAGAGUGGUAUGGUUCUGGGCCUCGGGACAGGCUCCACGGCCGCCUUUGCCGUCGCCGAGAUCGGUGCGCUUCUUGCCAACGGGAAGCUCUCCGGCAUCGUCGGUGUGCCCACUUCCAAGCGCACCUUUGAGCAGGCCAUGUCCCUGGGAAUCCCUCUUUCCACGCUCGACGACCACCCCGUGAUCGACCUCGCCAUUGACGGCGCUGACGAGGUUGAUCCAGAUCUUAACCUUGUGAAAGGGCGGGGUGGAGCCCUUCUCCGGGAGAAGAUGGUCGAAGCUGCAUCAGGAAAGUUUGUUGUUGUCGUUGAUGAGACGAAACUAGUUACUGGCCUAGGAGGGAGCGGUCUUGCCAUGCCUGUGGAAGUUGUGCAGUUCUGCUGGAAGUACAAUCAAGUAAGACUGCAGGGUCUGUUCAAUGAAGAAGGUUGCGAGGCAAAGCUGAGAUUGAAUGAGGAUGGCAAGCCCUAUGUUACUGACAACUCGAACUACAUCGUAGAUUUAUACUUCAAGACGCCAAUCAAGGAUGCGUUGGGCGCGGGCAAGGAGAUUGCAGCUUUGGAAGGAGUUGUUGAGCAUGGGUUGUUCUUGAACAUGGCAAGCUCAGUGAUCAUUGCUGGAUCAGACGGUGUCAGUGUCAAAACAAAGUGACUUUUUUGGAUCGGCUGUUGUUGAUGUGUUGAACUUACGGUUUUUCACUGAAUAAUCUAUCUGUGUAAAAGGAGGAAAUAAUGCUCUUCUAUAAAUAUAUCUUUUCCAUGUUUCGAUGGCUCA